CGGGGGUUGGCGCGCGCGGGCCCCGCCCCCGGCGCGCUCCCGGCGUGCGGCGCGCGCGGUGCUGACGCGGCAGCGGCGGCCGGGCCGGACCGGGCCGAGCGCGGACAUGGUGGCCAAGCAGCGCAUCCGCAUGGCCAACGAGAAGCACAGCAAGAACAUCACCCAGCGAGGGAACGUCGCCAAGACCUCGAGAACGGCACCGGAGGAGAAGGCGUCGGUCGGGCCCUGGCUGUUGGCUCUGUUCAUCUUCGUGGUCUGCGGAUCAGGUGAGCGGCCGCGCGCGACCGGCCGGGUCCGGCGGCGGCUGCGGGCCCCGGUGGCGGCUCGGGCCCGGCACUGCCGCUCCGGUCCGGUCCGGUACUGCCGCUCCGGCACUGCCGCUCCGGGCCCCCCAGCUCGCUGCUGGCGCUGCCCGGCGAGCGCUCCCCCUCCGCUCUCUUGCAGCCAUCUUCCAGAUCAUCCAGAGCAUCCGGAUGGGCAUGUGAGGGGCCGGGCUCGGGCCAUGGCCCCCCGGGCCCCGCCGCAGCUGCCGGGGAGCGGCGCUCGCCCUGUCGCAUUCCAGCUCCCUUCACCAGUCAUUCCGAGUUUUCUAGCCCGUGCCACAGUGCCUUGAACAGCACCACAUGUAUAAAGCAAUAAAAGUCUAUUGUUGAUCUACAAUCGUGGACCUACUUAUUCGCUGAAGAUCCAGCCUGCUCUCUGUAAUACGUGGAGCUGUGCGCGACAUAGGUCCGUAGGAACUGACAUCUGUCGUAAACACCGGUCCCAGAUCAGUGUCACCCUCGCUGUGUAGCUGGAAAUGGUUUUGUUUGACGCUGGAAGCCAGGAUUCCUGUAGAGGCUGGAGCCGGACUGUGCAGCAUGUUCCCGAGGAGCCUGAGCUCCGCAGCCCCGCCGUGCAUCCUCCGUGUGUGCGCAGGGCAGGCUCACUGCAGCAUGUGGCAGUGCUCGCACUCGUCCUCACACCACGGCACCGCCCGUAGCUCUCUCCUAAUCCACGCAAAAUGCUUGUCUGUGUAGGGCUGCUGGGGUGGUGAGGAGCUGGCACGGCCGGGCAGCGGCUGCUCCUGGCAGGAGCCGGUGCUGGAGCUUUGUGGACUGCGGGGGCACCGUGGCCAGACCCGUGGCUCCCCAGGCCUCUCCCGGCCGUGCCCGUGCUGUAAAUACUUCUUGGACAACUUUCAACAAGUGGUGGUAGUUUUAAAUUUGGCGAUGUUGUGUGGGAAUGUUGGAUGCAGGGGGGGACGUGCUGCCCCCUGCCCACAGUUCUGCUUCUGUAUGUGCAGCCCCUGCAGAGUGUGGUGUGUCUUGCAAUAUAUAUUUAAUCCUAUUUAAGGUAAAACCUGCCUUCAACUCGAUUUCUUUUAACAAUGGAUUAACUGCUUCCCUACUGGUGAUCACAGUUCCUUCUGUAGACGACUGUAACUCGAGAUCACAUGGAAAAUGCUGCUAUUGAUCAUAUUUCCCUGCUGAUGGCCCUGACUCCUGCUGGCUCUGCUGUCUGCGUGGUGACAAAGGUGGUGGGAAUUGCUCUACUGGUGCACACAGUUGCUAAAGGAAGAUUUGUUUUUUCCAGGUUUCUUAGCAGAAGACAAAUUUUAAGUCUGGUUACACUAGAAAUAAUAGGAAUCUGAAUGGGUUGAGGUUAAUGAAAUGCCUGUUAGCUGUGAAGGAGCAGAUCUUUUGUAUGUUGUAUUUCCAUAUGGAAUCAUUGGGACUGGUGUAAGCCAGCGCAGCCCCAGGCCUGGGCUGCCCCAGGGCACGGGGACCUUGUGCUGGGACAUUCCUGUGCUGUGGCAGGGGAAGUCUGUAUAAUUGCUGAUUUUAAAUAAAGUUCUUUUCAAAC